AUGAUGAAUAAUACAUACAAAUAUGAUGGGCCGUAUUCAUGCACAUUAACAACGUACGAAGGAAACUUCGGAGUUUACAAUUCGUGCGUAGAAUACGGAAAAGAGCAGUUAAGAAAUUUCAAACAGCAGAUAGUAAAAAAUGUAAUCAUCCAGAUUUUGCUAUUCGAGCACCUGAAGAGGGCAACCAAAGGAGAAUUGAAUGGUGGGCUCCAUAAUCACGAAAAACUGCUCAAUAGUAACAACAUACAUGUGGGAAAGAGGAACGAUGAGAAAAACUUGCAGAGGGGCUUUACUCCCAAUCGUCAUACGGUAUAUCUGAACGAAGAAUGCACAAGUCAUAGAGAGAAUUAUCAUGCAAACGGAUGGAAUACAAAAGAUGGACAAACUGUAAAGGUGGAAGGAUACAUGGUACACAGGGAGAGUAGAAAAACGAAAAAAAAAUAUUAUAAUAAAGGGAUAAAGAAAAAAAGGCAUAUUGCAAGGAGGGAACACAGGAAAGAGGGCAAAAAUGGAGGCAACAAUACCAUCCGAAGUGACAGUCCCCGAUGGGUGCGAUUGGAAAAGGUUGAAAGGGAGGCAUCUAUGGGGCAUUAUAAUGAAGGCCUUUCUACGUCGAACGAGAGAAUAAAUGACCACGUCUGCGCGGAAGAAGGUUUUUCUGAAAUUACAAAAAGUGUAGAAAAUAUUUCGUCCCAUCUGAUUGAAAGGAGAAAACGCUCCUCGAUUGACCAUGCCCUUUUAUAUGAUACAGUGACACGCAAAAUUUGUUUGGAGCAAUCUAUCUGUUCAUUGCACAAAAUGAUGAAGGACAUAUUUUUGAGCGCAUUUUUUCCAGAAGGGGUCGAGAAGCAUUCAUACCAUUUAGCUAAUAGUUUACUUUGCAGUGAUGAUAACCCUGUGUGGUUGUGCACAUUAGGGGAGGUUACCUCUGGUAGAGACCUUAUUCCCACGCAGAGAAGAACAAAGAGGAAACAUUUUCUAAACACCCUCUUUAAUUAUUUCCAGUCGGUUCAGAAAUCUAACAACUUGUACGAGUUGGUUAAAGGAACAGAACUUCCAUCGCAGGAAAAGAGUAAAAAAGUGCAUACCACUGUGAGGAAAAGUGAUGGAGACAAAAGCAGCGUGUCAACAUACGAAAUGAUGAAAUUAGUUUAUCAUUUGGCAUCAUUGCAGAAGGAUAGCACAAUCCUUGGAGGCAUUUCCCCCCAAUGCAUUCAUUUGGGUACAUCCCUUUUUAGGGCAAUAAUUGAAAACAUUUUUCUCAAGAAGGAAACGCAAGGUUCUACUGUUAAAUCGAAUCAGCGUUCUUCUUACCGUGACGUCAGCUGUGAUGAUAUUUGUUUCGAGAUGAAUUUUCAAUCAGAGCAUUUUUUAUUUAAUCCCAUUUUUAUUAGCAAUUGGGAAAUGAGGAAAUCUGCCUCGGCCAUUCUUAAUGGGAUAUGCCACGUUAACCAAAAAGUUGAUUACGCCAUUGGGGGGCAUAUUCCCCAUCAGUACAAAUCUAUAUGUGAUGAAAUGCGUUAUGAAAAGAGUUUCUCUGCUCAUGGUUCGGAAAUGUAUCCGUCGUGUUUCUCUGCCCAUUUGGGGGAUCCUAUUUUGGGGAGACAAAAACAAGGAAGAAUGAAUUCCUUCUUCAGCCUUGUGCCCUUUUUAAAUAAACGUGUGGCUAAGACAAUCAGAAAAAGUUGCAACCUUUACCUUUGCUCGUUGUGCGGAAGGAAAAAUUGGAAAAAGAAAUGUACAGAUAGAUUUCUAUUGGGGGAGGCCGAGAAGGAAAAAAUAAAUCAUCUGUAUUGUGUGCAUAAUGGAGGAAAUCAGGAUGGCUAUCAUAGCAAGGGUAACAGGAGGAAUGAGCACGUCAGGAGAGAAUAUAAACUCAUUCAAGGGAAACCUAGUCGUUGUGUAAUUCAUCUGGGGAUACUAAACCGUAGCGCCCAUAACGCAGGUGUUACUCCUCCGCGUGGAAAAAAAAUGUUAUAUUUUAAGAUGGUGUGUAAAAAUACGAUGAUUGAAUUUAUAUCCCUCAAUGGGGAAGAAGAAGUACAAAAAUCGUGGGCCCCCAAGGUUGUGGAACUGUCGUAUUAUCCAUUACUGCCUGUCAAAAGUGUAGACGAAAGUAUCCAUAGGAACUUUUCCAAAUGGAGUGAGGAUCCUAUGGCCUACUGCAUUAGCAACAGUGGAGGUGACAACAGUGGGAAUAACUAUUCCGGCGCAUAUUCAAACGGCAACUGCCGAGGUGAGACUUCCAAUGGGGGCGGCAGCGCGAAUAACUACGGUGGCAUGAAAGGUUCUGGAGGCAUCGGAGGCGGCGUUGGGGGUGCAGGAGGAAGUGACGACAAUAACGAGGAGAACAACAAUAAUAACAAUAACAAUACUAACAGGGAUGGGUUCCACGACCCGGAGGAAGACGAGGAGGGAAAUGCGAAUGACAACAAAAAUGGCCGCAAUAACAUGGAAAAUGGAAGGAAUUCUUUUAACAUGCACGAAAUGAAGAUGAACGAUGUGAAUAUCAUGUAUGGUAAUCACGAGAAGGAAAAUGCAACCAACAUGGUGAAUGGAAAUUACGUGGACAACAAUACAGGAAAUUCAGAAAAUUCUUACAAAAAUGAAAACAACAGUGGUGGCAGCCAUCUUAACAAUACAGGAAAGGGUGACCACUUCUUUGAGAAUGGAGAAAGUAACAAAGCGAUUGGGAUGGUAAAAGGUACAUCGAAUAGCUUAAUGAACAAAGGAAGUGGUGGGGGCACUGCGGAGAUGAGCAAUUCAAAUAUGAAUUAUAUUCCCCACAUGAGUGGGAAGGGCGGGCUAAGCAACGUGCCCCCUAAUCAAAGGAUGAAUUUCCCAAACAUGUUUAUGGGAGGGAACAUGCUACAACCACAUGGGGCUCAAAAUGGUAUGCACAAUAGCAUGAAUAGCAUUAAUGGGGGUGGAGGAGAUCCCAUGGAUAAUAUGCAAAAUAUGAAACAGACAGGAGGAGGAAUGUUGAAGAACAAGCAAAACCAGUUCAUACCUCCAGGGCAAAACGCAGGAGAUAACAAAGUGACAAGCUCGCAGCAACAUAGUAGUACGAGCAGCAGCAACAGUAGCAUGUCCCCAAAUAAUUUCAUGCCGAAUCAACUACAUCAACAAUUUCAAAUUCAGCAGCAGAUGCAUUUACAGCAUUUAUUUCAUCAGCAAAAUAUGCACCCCUAUAAUAUGGUGCAGGCAAAUAACCCUUCGAAGUUUCCAAUUCAACAGGGUGCGCAGAAACAGGCAAAUGCUUCUAUCCUGAAAAUUCCGCAGAUGUUAUCCAUGAAUUCACUUGACCGGAGGAGCAAUUCCAUUUCGCAGAAGAUGCCUAGGCAUAUGAUGAACCCAAUGGAUUCCUCUAGCAAUUCGCAAAGAAGUGCUAACACGUCCAGCAUAUCUUCCAUGACCAACCCGCCGAACCAUGUAAAUUCUAUGUCGUUGAAAUAUUCCUACAAAGGUACCAGCACGCCUCAGCAUAUGAGUAGCUCCGGAAGUAGUAACAACAAUAACAGUAGUAACAGCGGGAACAGCCACGCGCAGCAGAAUCAUCCCCCUACUGUGGGUGGCCAGCCACAGCAACAGCAGGCGCAGCAGCAGGGCUUACAAAACCCGAUAAACAAUAUGAACCACAAUGUGGGCCUUAACAUGAAUCACAAUUUAUCCACCAAACAGAACGUGCAACAGGGCAUACUACCGGGAUCGCAUCUUCUUCCAGCGAAGCAAAAUUCACAGCAGCUGCUAAUGCAGUCGCCUGGUUCAUCCACCACGCAAAAGGGACUGCCCCAAGUGUUUCAGCAGCAGAUGGGAUCAACUUCCAAAAGCAUGAGCACGACAAGCAUAUCCGGCUCGAUCAACAGACAACCCAACCACGUGCCCUUCCCGCAUGUUCCUCCGAAUCAGCAGAACAUGCCGCCGUUCAUGCAUGGGAACGCCAUGCACAUGUACCAACAACAACCCCCAUUUUUCCAUAGAGGAUCAUCAUCUUCGCAACCUAUGGGUCCGCAGCAGAUUUCUUACGAAUGGAUGCAGAGCCCCUACAUGCAGCAUCAGUACAUGCUUCAGCAGUGCCAGUUGGCACCUCAGCAAUUGUUCCUUCAGCAGAAGCAGCAAAGUAUGUUGCAGCACGCACAGAAGCAGCAAAACAUGGCCUACCCACAACAGCAGCAACACCCGCAGCAACAGAUGCAAAUGCAGAAUAUGGAGAAUCUGCCUCAACACAUGCGAAUGAUGCCAGGACAGCACGCUAAUAUGCCAUUCAAGCAAAAUGUGACACAAGCAUUUCCACACAUGCUUAAGGAUAACAUGAUUCCAGGAAGUACGAAUUUCGAGUUUAUGGAAAACAUGAAUGACAUGCAAAGGAUGGCAUCCUUAAAAAAUCAUGUCUUGGAUGUGAAUACCAGCAAUAAUGCCUCAUUAGAAGGAACCAUUGAGGAAGACAUUUUCGAUAGUAAUUAUCACUGCGACAUAUGUAACAAGGAUAUAACGCAUGCUAUUAGAAUAAGGUGUGCCGAAUGUGUGGACUUCGACUUAUGUGUAAAUUGCUUUAGCAGUGGAAAAGAAAUGAAGUCUGAGAAAUGUGAGCAUUACAAUUAUCACAAUUAUAUACCCAUACCGAAAUAUGACUUCCCCUUAUAUAAGCUGAACUGGAGUGCAGAAGAGGAGCUGCUACUACUAGAUGGAAUAAGCAAAUAUGGUUUUGGAAAUUGGGAACAAGUAGCUGAUCUGGUAAAUUCUGCUGCAAAAAUUCCAAAGACAGACAAACAGUGUGAAAAACAUUACUACAAUUUCUACCUAAAAUCUAACUGUGCACCGAUGCCCGAUAAUAAAAGAUUGCUAAUAAAACCAGAUGGAAAUCCAUACGAUAUUGAACACGUGGCUGAAAAAGAUAUAAAUGAAAAUGAUGAUUAUGUACAGCCUAAAUCCAAGAAAAAUAACAGGACACAAAUUAUUGGGUACUGGCCAUUAAGAGGAGACUUCGAUAUUGAGUAUGAUAACGAUGCAGAGUUGUUAUUAGCGGACAUGGAAUUUAAGGAAUCAGAUUUGCCACAACAGAAGGAGCUAAAAUUGCAAGUGCUUGAAAUAUAUAACUCCAAAUUAGAUGAAAGAAUUUACAGGAAAAGAACCGUUAUUGAGAGGGGCCUUUUGGAUACCAAGUCACAAAUGCAGAGGGAUAAGAAGAGGACGAAGGAGGAAAAGGAAUUGUACACUGCACUUAAGCCAUUAUCGAGAUUUCAUUCCCCACAACACCACGAAUAUUUCAUUCAGCUACUCUUGGAGGAGCAGAAGCUCCGUCAAAGGUUGACUAAACUGCAGGAAUGGAAAACGCUGGGUCUGCAAAACAUCGAACAGGUUCAGGAGUACGAAAUUGAGAAGAACAGGAGGGCCAAGGAGGCAGUGAAGCAACAACAACAGCAGCAGCAACCACAACAAACGCAGGAGCAGACUGAAAAGGUCGGCACGAAAUCCCUGAAGAGCAAUAAAAAGGAAUGCAAAAUUAAACAAAAGGAGGAAGAAGAAAUGGAAGAAAGCAAAAAAUUAAACAUAGACACUUUUGUCGAACUGGACCUCUUGAACGAGAAGGAAGUUGAGUUCUGUAAAAAUAUGAAACUCCCAAUUUUGUUUUUCCUCCUCAUCAAGAGAUUACUAAUAAUGGAAAUUAGCAAUAGCAAUUUAAAUAUGCUAAAGGAUAUCAACGAACUCAAACUAAAGGGUUACAAGGUGGGCCAACUGUACGACUUCUUCCUUAGCUUUGACAUUAACCAGAAGGAGGAACUCCUAAACAACAACGGAAAUGGCAACUUUAAAAAUUCAUACAUCAGAAAGAACGAAGAUAAGAGACGAAAAAUGAGAACCAAUUAUGACUACAACACUUUUAAUAAAUCUGAUAAGGUGGAGGUGGACGACUCCAAUGACAAUGGAGGCAAUGCUGGUGGCACAGCCAACAACGCUGGCAACAACUAUGCGGGAGGACCAAGCGGUGGGGCAAUUUGCGGCCAAAGUGGUACCCCUAAUGCCAUCACAGGUGACAUCUCCGGUGCAGGCGUCAGUACCACCACUGCAAACGGUAGUGGUAUCUCAACGGUGGGAGCCGAGAUGGGAAGUGAGAAUGCAGGGAUCGCCCAGCCCAUGAACGAAGACAGUGCGACCAUCCUGAAUGAACCCGCCUCAACCGGUAACGCAUUAAACGAUAAGGAUCGAUCGACGAGCACACAAUCAGUGGGGAAAACUGACGAGAACGACAACGUAAGACCCCCCACCGAUAAAGAAAAAAUCGCAACGAAUAGCUUGUCUGAAAGUGCCCCCAAUGGAGGAGGUACAACCGUCAGGGACAAAAAAUCUAGAGAAAGAAAAGUAAAGAAAGAAAGAGACGAGAAAACAUCACAACAGUUGAUAACUUCGAAAGAAUCCGAAGUUGUUAACAGCCCUCCCAAGGGAAUGAGUGAAGGAAGCACAGAAAUUUCAACUUCUAGUCAAAAGAAAAAAAACAGCGUGAAGAAGAUGGGGAGUACUAGUACAGCCACAAACCCAGAGGGGGAAAAAACUGAGAGUGUUGAAAAUUUGGGAAUUCUUAAAGAGGCCAAGGAAAUUGUGUAUGACAAGAAUGAAGUAGAAAUGGAAAUGAAUGAAGCAAUGCGUAGCGAGGUAGAAGGCCACCCCAGUGCUGUAACACCUGGAGAUGCAAUUCCCGGGGGACAAGAACCCACAGAUGUAAAUGAUGUCAAUGAUGUGAAUGCGCCUAGCCCAUACGACGAAGAAGAGAAAGAGGUGGAGGAAGACUAUGGUGACCUGGACGACGAUGGAGAUGAUAGAGAAACAAACGCCGACGUAGACCUAGAUGAAAAUGAAAAAAAAAGUAAAAAGAAAAGCACAAAAAAGAAAACAGAGUGUAAAGAAGAAUGUUCAGAUUUAGUUAGCACAAUUACAAUGAAGACGAGUAUAGGGGAUAGCAAUUCAACGAAUGAGAUGUUAAAAAAUUCAAAUAAUUCAAGGAGAAAAUCGGUGGAGAAAACGAAAGAAACUCCACCACAAGUUAGAAGUAACAACCAAAGUAAGAAAAAAAACGGGGAAGCAAAUAUAGUUGAAGAGAAGAAAAUGUGCAGUAGUGUCAUAAUUAGCAACGCAGAGCAUUCGUCAUCAGGUAAGGUGAAGAAAGGCACUCCAAAGAAGGAUGAAAUUCACAGCAGUGAGAUUUUUGAAAAUACGUGCAAAAAGCGAAGUAACAGCAAAUCGAAAAAAAGUAGUGAUAAUGAUUUAAGUAGAAAUGAGUCCAGAGUGAGCAGCCAUGUUGAUCUGGAAAAUGAAAAUAAUUGUUGUGUGGAAGUAUUGGAUUCCAGCCUAGAAUUAGAUGGAAAAUUAUCCAAAGGGAAAAAGAUCAGUACCCCUUCCCCCACUUCUUUUUCCAUAUUGAGUAAGACUGACAAAAAUAGACGUAGCAAGGCAAAGAGUGACAAUUUGAGCGCGGAGCUUUUAUCCUCUAGCAUUGAUACAAAGGAUAAUGACAGAAGUGAGAGGAAGGCCAAAACGGCUGAGGACAAUAUAAAGAAAUCGUCGAAGAAGAGAAAAGGAUCCACCAGUUUGGUUUCCACGUCGACGAAGAAGUCGAUGAAGAUAUGA